UUUGCUGAACUAAUAAUUGCCUUGCGGUCGAGACACCACCACAAGUAUUUUACUGCUGAAGUCAGCUGCGGUGGAAAUGAGCCUCCCUCCCCUGAUUUGGCCCAUAGCAAUGAUCUCUCAACUGCCGUCAUCACAGAAAUUAAUGGAGAAACAGAUCCCCUCCCACGCGUUAGCAUGAAAUCAAGCACCCGAUCUUGGAAAAAAUCUGCGCGCAGACCAGCGGGCCGCCUGGCGCGGUGUUUUAGAGCACUUUGCUGCAAGGGACCGCCACCACCACGACCUGAGUAUGACUUGGUUUGCAUAGGCCUCUCUGGCUCUGGCAAGACAAGUCUUCUGUCUCAGCUCUGCAGUGAAAGCGCGGAGAAUAUCGUGUCUACCACAGGUUUUAGUAUAAAAGCAGUGCCAUUCCAGAAUGCAAUUUUGAACGUAAAAGAACUUGGAGGAGCUGACAAUAUCAGGAAAUACUGGAGUCGUUACUACCAAGGAUCCCAAGGGGUAAUAUUUGUACUAGACAGCGCCUCCUCGGAAGAUGAUCUAGAAACUGCUAGGAAUGAGCUGCAUUCUGCUCUUCAGCACCCACAGUUAUGUACUUUGCCGUUUUUAAUACUGGCCAAUCACCAAGACAAGCCAGCAGCUCGCUCAGUACAAGAGAUAAAAAAAUAUUUUGAACUUGAGCCACUUGCACGUGGAAAGCGCUGGAUUCUUAAACCCUGCUCCUUGGAUGACAUGGAGGCAGUAAAAGACAGCUUCUCCCUUCUAAUAAACUUGCUAGAAGAGAGAGACUUCGAACCUUCAAGAAUGUGAAAGCCAAGAGAAAGAAGAGGUUCCCACGCAUUGCUGUACCUGCUCACUCUGUCACAGCUUAAUUGCAGCAUAUCAAGGCUGAGCUGUGAUAUGUUGUUCAUACAGAGUUAAUACAGAAUGUCCUUUGGUUAAAAUAAAUGUUCUGUGAAUCAGGUACACAGCUAUUUCCAGUAAAAUUGUCUACACUACUGAAGUAGAAAGUCCCUCUUUGUUUACCACUAUUUCUGCACACUGCAUGUUGCUUUCUUUCACCACAAUCAUCCUUGGUAGAAAAAUUUACACGCACAAAAAUAGCAUAGUACAUAAAGGAGGAAUUCCAUGUGUUACCUUGAAUUUUAAAAAUAAGUAAUGUCUAAAGAAUUUAUGAGUCCAAUUUAGCUUGUUUAUUGACCUCACAUUAUGGAAGAGCACGGCCACUGAGAACCUUAAUAGGAUACCUAAAACACAAGCAGUUUCAUGUUAAUGCAAAGGUUAUUCCUGAGGUUUUACUAGGUGAAAACACAGUUCAGGUAGUGGACUUCACAAGGUAGUUGAGUGUCUUCUAAAGUCACUGCAAAACCCUGCCAGAGGCAGUGUGGUAUUUUGCUGGAAGUUUGCUGAAAAAUAAAUUGACAAACAGAUGUGCACAGAUAACAGUACUUGGGGAAAUCAGCUGACAUGAACAGGUGAUCUAAGUAAAAAGUUUUUAGAAGUAUAUGAAAGAUUUUAGAAAUAUACAGAAGUUGAAUAAAGUAAUAAUUUUCAUUGAAAGUAGUUUUCCAUAAGCAAAGCAGAGCAAAUAUCGGUUAGUUCAUCUGUGGAGGCUUUAUUGCUAGUUAAAAGUAUAAGUGAUUUUUAAAUACUUCCUUUAUCACUCAUUCGUAGACUACUACUGCUAUUGUAACAUUGCCAAGGCAUCUAUCCAGUAAUUAAGGGUCUUCCAGUGUUUGUACCAGAAGCUUCUCUUUUCAAGGGGAUUAUAUCUUGUUCUUUCAAACUUCCUCUGGGCUACAUGUUACUUAGAAGACAAAAAAGUAGUAAUUGGAAACAACAUUUUUAAUACAUUUAGAAGAAGUUGAUUUGGGUCACGUAACACAGUCCACUUUUCCUCUUUCCUUGUUUUCCCCACUGUAGAUUUGCAGUAUUUCAGCUACUUUGUGUUGAUUUUUAAAAAAAACUCAUAAACUGAUUUUGUCCCUUGAAGGAACGUGCCAGGCCACUGGUUGACAGUGACAACAGGGUCUGUGCAGAUCAGUCACUGGACUGGUGCACGCCUUGAAUGCUGUGCCUUGUGCAUUCAGCUACUCUUGUGCAUGAGUGUUUGCAAACACAAACUCAAGUGAGGUGUCAUUAGUUCCUCAUCAGCUCUGCUUCUGUCUUGAAACACACAAUGCCUUGUUUUUGGGGCUUUAAGCAACAUCUCUUUCCACCCUGAGCAUUUAUCUUCUGUUUGAAGUUUAUUGUAGCUCCUUACUAGUUUAUUUGGGGAUAAGAAAAUAGUAAACAUCAGCUUUUGAAGACUCAUAAAAGCCAUUUCUCUAUUAAUUGUAAUUUUGCUCUUUGUUAAACAAAAUGUUUCUCAUACGUAUUUUAGUUUACUUUUCAUUUGCCAUUAAUUUCUUGCAUUGCUCCCACUGUUGUAACUGCUUCCUAUUAUCAAAAAGAAGCUGGGAAAACUGGUAAACUCCUUGUUUAAUUUUGAGAUGGAAUAGGCAGGAAGCCUGAAGGGCAUGUCCUUGCUUUGUUUUGUGUUCUCUUUCCUGUCAGGUCAAUUGUCUCACUGCUAAUACUGUUGGAAACAACCAAGAACUGGAAUUGUUCAUUUUAAAGCACAGAGGAGCCCUGCUUUGAAACAGUUCUCUCUGCACACUUUAGUCAGGACUCAGCUGCCCAUCAGUUUCUCUUGUGAGGGCUAAGGAGAUUCCCUUCCCUGGAUUUAAAGGGGAACUGGAUCUAAUGGACAUUUCCAAACUCCCUAAUUGCUGACAUGAGCUUAGAGGCUACAGAGUCCCCAGAUUUCCACAAGGUCCCCAGAUUUCUGUUUUAUUUAGGGACAAUGAAAAAUAAGCAGGGAAGAGGAGUAGGAGCAUUAUUUCCAGAGAAAGCAGGCAGUUUGGGGAGGCAAAUUGAGAGAUUCCAAGCUUUUACUGCUUUUUCAUUGGCCAUUAGUGAGAAGAUGUGAAAUAACAUUUUUUUACUAUUUUCCCCUGCUUUUGUUUAGCUAUGGACCAAAAGGUACAGGAAAUGAAAAGAAGCCCAACUCUAUUGCAUUCUUGAAACUGUACUUAUUUCUACCACCAGUGAGUUUGUCUGGUCCAAAAACUUUAAUGGCUCCAACUUUUGGUCAUGAUCUCCUGGCUAUGCACUCUUUGAAGGUGCUACAUAACUUACAUGGAAAUGCCCAAGAAGUCCUUGAUAAUGUGGUUUUGGAGAAUGCCAGUGGCCAUUUAGACUAGGACCUUUUGAUAUUUCAGUGUUUUUUCUUUAGGCAAAUAUCAACUGCACAGAAGCAGUGAUUUUAAUUUUCAGAAUUAUUUUGAGUAUGCUCUUUCUUACUAAUAUAGUGAUCAUUCCUCAUCACAGGUUGAAACAAUACCUCAUAACUGCUGAAGGCUAAGACCAACACUUUACUUUGAAUGUAGUACUUCUGUGGUUUUGUGUUGUAGAUGGACUUAAUGGAUGUGUACCUUUUAAAUGUCUAUAAACAACUUCACCUUUUUAUAAGGGGAUAACAAUGUUCAUAGCAGCUCAUGUCACACUUCCUUGUCUAUAGUGUUGUUGAAUGCUCUGGCUAUGGUAGAAUAUGUAAGCACCAUGCAGUUUUCAGAUAACCAAUCUUAACUGCUUUGGUUUUUUUUUGUUUGUUUUAAUCUUUCCACAUGUGUUUGUCAUUUAGGUGGAAUAAACUUGGGCACUA